AUGGAGAAAAGGAAUGAGACAUUGAGCACAGACUUCAUUCUCUUGGGCCUUUUCCCUGGAAUUAAACAUAUUGACCUCCUUGUCUCUGCUGUCCUCCUCAUCUACACCAUUGCUAUCACAGGAAACGCCACUUUGAUUCUCCUGAUCUGGGCAGAUCCACACCUCCACACUCCCAUGUAUUUUCUGCUUAGCCAACUCUCUCUCAUUGACCUGGCUUUCAUCUCCAGCAUAGCCCCAAAAAUGAUGGUUAACUUUUUCUCAGGAAAAAGGAAGAUUUCCCUAAUCAGCUGUGGGACCCAGAUCUUCUUCACCUUGACCCUGGGGAUUGCUGAGUGUCUACUCUUGACAUUCAUGGCUUAUGACCGUUAUGUGGCCAUCUGCAAUCCUCUCAAAUACCCAGUUAUUCUCAGCCUCCAGGUCUCCCAGAAAAUGACCAUUGGGUCCUGGUUGGGAGGGGCUCUGUCUUCCUUGGUCCACACAGCCUAUGCCAUGCACUUUCCCCUCUGUGGUCCCCGGGAACUCCAUCACUUCUUCUGUGAGGUCAAGGCCAUCUUGAAACUGUCUUGUGAGGACAUCUCAGCCUAUGAGAAGGGGGUAGUAGUUACCAGCAUUGUUGUGGUUUUUCUCCCCCUAAGCUUCAUCUUGACUUCCUAUACUCUCAUCUUCCUGCAGGUCUUGAAUAUAAACUCCCGGGAAGGCAGGAGCAAGGCCCUGGCUACCUGCUCCUCCCAUCUGACUGUGGUCAUCUUUUAUUAUGGCCCAGCCAUGCUGAUAUAUAUGAGGUCUGGAUCUUCCCAUACCCCCAUCAUGAACCAGGCUCUCUUUAUGUUUGACACCAUCCUCACUCCCAUGUUGAAUCCUCUCAUCUAUAGUCUAAGGAAUAGGGAGGUUGUAGCCUCAAUGAAGAAGGUGCUGGGAAAGUGCUCCAUUCACAAUAGGUUUCCAUGUUUCAAUUGCUAG